AUGUCACCCCCUCACCCUCUGUGCACCUCAUGCUUCACUGUCAUUGGCGCCAUGGUUCCGAUGGAUUUCUCCGACCCCCCUCCGAAGGCCGCGCCCAAAGCAAAGGCACCCCCGGCAACCGUGCUGCCCACCUCCUUGCCGAGCGAGCUUCUGCGCGGGGUGCCUCUGCACACCUGCCUUGAAGGGCUCGGCAAGCACUGGGCGACCAGCCAUGACGAACACAGCCGGGACUUCGAGUUCAGCCAGGUUGUGCCCAGACUCGAUGAGUUCAUCAGCCACGACUGGGCCACCUCGCGCUGGGCGAAGCUGUGCGCCAUGCUGGUGAUCUACAACUCCCCGGCCGCUUGCGCGGCCGCGGCUGCGGUGGCCCUGCUGUGGUCCAUCUUGGGGAAAUGGCUCAUCGAGCGCUUUACGGAAAGCACGCCCUGGAUGGAGGUGUGGAUCUUCCUCUUCCCCGUGGUCGUGGUCUUCUACCUCUUCCUCUUCGGAUUUCAGUGGCUUCGCGGCUUCUUCUUGCGCCCGAGGAUGAUCUUCUUGGACAAGAUGUGCAUCGCCCAGCGCGACAAGGGCCUGAAGGAGCAGGGCAUCGCGGGGCUCGCUGGCUUUCUUUCCAAGUGCCUCUGUGUCCUUUUGCCUGCGCCGGCCAUGCCUUGGCCCUUGCAGCUUUUCGCAAUCCGUGUUGCUCACGUCUUGCCUCGCCGCAGCGGAAGCAACGCCGCACAGUACUUCAGCAGCAUCGCGAGCCGCCUCCUGGGGCGCCUGGGCCCCUCGGCUGCUGCGGGGGACACUGAGCAGAAGCAGUGUCCUGCGAAGAGCUCGCUACGGGUUCCAGUGGCAACUCCCAAGCUGCUGGGAUGGAGAGGCAUGUAUUGGCUUCUACUUGUGAUGGGCCCAGCGCCAGGAGCUGAAGUUUCGAAUGGGCUUUUCGAGAUGGGUGGCGAUUUGACUGGUCUUGCUUUAUUUACGCCAAGGGUUUCCCCUUCGAUGGCAUUUGAUUUUCCGGGCAGUAUGAUGCAACACUUUGGGAGCGCUGUUGCAGAUGAUGAGGUCGGUGUGCUUGUGCAGGCGCAGUGGUGUAAGCCGUCAGCGCCAUUGACCUCUGCGGAGUCGGCUUCCUACCUCUUCCUCCAUGCCAAGGGGGUAGGGCUCUUGGACUCCCUUUGCAACUUUUGCGAGGUUCCCAUUGUCACCUCAGGAGCCGGGAUUUGCGAGACUUUUGUUACCAGCCGCCCCAGGUGGCGAGCUGGCUUGCUGGGUGUCAGAGUAGGCGAGGCCGCUAAUCCGGGCCCUGCUGCAACAGCUACCGAGCACAAAAGGCGGGAAAGAAAGACGCAGGGAGCUCUGAUCGCCAUCAUUGAGCUUCUCUGCACCAUCUUGAGGCAGUUUGCUGGUGAGGACCCUUCGGUUUCCAUGCAGAUUGCGGGAGUCUCAGCUCUCUUGGCGGUGCUCAAAGAUGACGACGACGAUGCAGACGAUGUGCCGCCCUGUCCCCCAAGGCGCGCUGUGUUUGCUGAGGAGCCGGAGAUACAGACCUAUGAGGCGGAAGGCUCUUUUAAGCCUGUCAGGCGCAAAUCGAAGCCGGCGCCAACUGGGGACGUGCAAGGCCCUGCGCCCCCACCUCAGAAAGGGCGAGGAAAGGGCAAACCUGCAGCUGAUCCGUCCACUUCUCCAUCCGCGGCAGGCACUACCGGCAAGGGCAAGGAUGAUGCAGCUAAGACCAAGGACUCGGCGCUGCCUCUCCUCCGUGCAUGUGACUGGAACUCUGAGAUAGUCGGCUAUCCGGCGGCGUGCACUCGUCUCAACAGCUUGGGGGGCUCCGUGCUGGUCACCGUGAAGGAUGCAGAGCAGGCGGAUGCACUCUCACAGAUGAUGAUGAAUGCCGGUUCAACGUGCUCGGCGCGCAUGCUGUGGCGCGACAAGGACGGGAAGCAUCGGCUACCUGUAGACGUUGGUGGGGUCACAAGGCUUGAGUCUUUCUCAUCCCACGACUACACUACUGCUGGCACCCCUUUGCCUACCUUGAAGCGGGAGCCCACGACUGCCAAGGUGGUCCCGACCGACCCUACCACCACGGUUUUCCGCAUUGUCUUUGCCCGGCCUUUCGUUGACAAGGAGGUGUGGGCAAAGGUCACUUCUACUCCAAAGGCGGCGGUGCAGAAGUGGGGCAAGGCCACGCAGACUAAGGAGACCACUGGGUUCAUCAAGGACGCGUGGGCAUUCGCCCAAGAGUCCCGGUUGGGACAGCCUGCUGUGAUUGGGCUGAUACGCCUGCCCAUCUCUUUGGCUGAGCAGGUGCUCGCAUUGUCGGGCAAAGGUGGAGUGUUCUUGGAACCCACUGGGCGCACUGAUACGGUCAAGUGUGCUGUGCAAUGGCUGGACAAAGCUGAGGAGGAGACUCUGCAGUCCGUGUUGGAGCGUGCGCUUGACAUGGCCCCGCAGUUUGGUGCUUUCCUUGGGAAGCGGCAGAUAGUCAAUGGCACCCCGGCUGCUUGGAGUGACGAGCUCAUCCGCGAGCUUCUCAUCGAGCAAACGGACUUGAAGGAGGUCACUGUUUUGCGAAAGACAAUGCGCAGAGGACGGGCGAACUGGUUGCUGCGAGCACGAAUUGCUGACAAUGCUGACUGCUACCAGCUGUUGGUUAAGGAGGGCGAGCACACUGCCACUUACUGGACUAUGCUGACACGUCCCGGGCCCGUUCGAGAGGCACGGCCUAUCGCCGACCAUCGGGGCUUCUCCUUGAGCAAGGGCCAGCCUGAGAAUGCCAACAAGCCGGAGCCAAAGCCGGGCAAGUCUGAUGGUGAUGGCAACCCUCUCAAGAAAGCCGCGGUUGCAAAGAAGCGCCAGAUCCCGAAUGGUACCACGCUCACCACUGUCGAGGCCGAUGGCAACUGUUUCUUCACUGUCAUCGGCAAGGCGGUUGCUCGUUUGCGCAAGGAGCCGGAGAUGCCGGCAAGUAGAACCAGAGCUGAGAUCUGUGCUCACAUGAGGAAGCACAUCCAGGUGUAUGAAGAGUACUGGGACAAGUGCGACAGUGCUGGACAAGAGCUCGAGUUUUUCGAUGAGUACAUCCAACACAUGGGCCUGAAUGCCAAGUGGGCGGGAAGCCUCGAAGCUUAUGCGGCCUCGAAGGCGUACAAGGUCGCGGUCCUUGUCGUGCCGGCCGCCGCCGACCAGGCCACCGCGAUUUACAACGCGGGGGCGCGCGAUACGAUCGCACUUUGGCAUACCGAGGGCCCUGGGCACUUUGACUGGCUGGCGCCAAGCACUGGGGACGGCCUGCCGCGGGACAUCGCUGAGAAUGCCGAACAGGGUAAGCCAGGACAGGGACCACGCGGGGGAGGACGAGACGACUCCGCCGGGUCCGAGCACACUGUCUUCACCGAUGUCACGGCCUUCACUCGUGUUGGAGCAGCCCAGUCAGGCAGGAAGCGUGGCAGCAGCAGCUCCCAGCCGGGCUCUUUCCCACGCGGGGGCUCAGCUUACGACGUGGACUUCGACGACAAGUCUGAGGCCACGGUCUUCACUCGCCGGGAAGGCGGCACAGAUGUGGCGAACGAGGAUGCGAAGACCGUCUUCACCACCUGCUCUGGCGGGCGACGUGGCAACAGCGCGGCUGACUCUUCGUCUGGCGACAUCCGCAAGUGGCUUCUGGCUGGAAGGCGUGCGGGCUCUGAGGCCGUGACUGGGGCCACAACGAGGGGCACGACCGACAACCUUGACUUCGACGAGGCCGAUUUGGCGGGGUUCCAUGGAGAAAAUGCUGCUGAGCCGGCGCCAACGAGGCGGCGGACCUUGUCGGGCUGGACUUGCCCGGAGUGCUUUUGGAAAACAGGCAAAGUCAAGUGGUGGGUUCAAAAGAAGCAAAGGCACAUCGACAACUUCCACCCGGACCUCAAGGCUGAGCUGAACUUGAGGACCAACCGCGUGUGCUUGGUUCCCUUCAAUCCUGACACCUGCGUUUGGCGCUGCCCGGUUGAGGGAUGUGGGCUGGGCCUGCCGGCCACUGAGGCGGACUCGGACGCUCGACUUCGUGCUCGGCGCUACCACUGGGCCACCGACCAUCCGGACAAGCCCAAGGCGCUCUUUCUGCUCGCCAAGGGCACCAAGGAGGGGGCGAACAAGGCUACUACGGCCAAGCUCUCUGCAGGUGUUGCCAAGCGGCUGCACCAGCUUCGUGCGGGUGAGGCUGGCGACCACGACGUCACCUUCCUCAAGUUGCCGCCUGCGACAAGUGGGGGGAAAACUGCUGGGGGCAAGAAGCGCAAGCAGCGCCGGGCGAUGACUUGGGUUGCGUGCCGGCGGUGCAAGCGACUGGCCAACACUGUGGCAGGCAUUGGGAACAAGCCGUGCAAGCCGCACACUGCGGGGGCUAGACGGCCCGCGUUGAUAGCACGGCUGCGAACUGCGCUGGAGGAGGCUGAGCUUGAUGACGACGUCCAGCGCGAUGUCAAGUACCUGCUCGAGCUCUUCGCUGAGGAUACCGACGCUGGGGGCCCCGUCGCUAAGCACGACCUCAACGCGGUGGCGUGGCCUUUGGGUGGACGCGACUUCGAGAUCCGCUUCGUGUGUGGUGGCUGCGGUGGUGGUUGGAAGCGGCUUCGUGACGCCGAGGACAAAGACUGCUACCCCGCUCGACGCCGCGUCACCACUGGCAAGAUCCGUGCGCUCCGCAAGGUCGUCAAGGAGGGCGGCACCCAGGCGAAGGCUGCGACAAGCAUCCUCGGCAUCCUUGGCGAGACGGACGGGAAUGGCUCGGACCAGGCUGCGACCACCGAGCUCGAGACCAAGCUCACGCAGGAGGGGUUGCAUGCGAUGCGCCAAGCCUUUCGGGCCAAAGGGUGGAAACUCUUACCUGGCCCCUUGGCUGUUGACUCGGCUGGCAAGGCUUCUGGUGGUGUUGCAGUCAUCACUGACUGGCCUGUGGAAGUUCUCGAGGUGCCGGUUGCUGCUGCUUUCCCCACUCGCGUCAUGGCUGUGAAGGCGCACCGCCCUGCUCAGCGGCCUCUCUUGGUCAUUAACGGCUACCUCCCUGCUGCUGAUGACCAGCUCAACCAGCACAUCGCCUCCACCGUGCUUCGCUGGGCCACAACCUCUGGCGAGGACUUCGUUUUCUUGGCGGAUUGGAACCGGACGCCCAACCAGCAGCCUCUGUGCGGUUUCUUGGCGGGUGGCCUUGUGUAUGCCAUGGACCCCGACCCGUUCCUGGAGGGCAAGGGCACGCACAGACUCGAAAACGGCGACUACACUGGCAGGCUCAUCGACUUCGGGCUCUCCUCGACGCGCUUGGCGGUGGACGGUCGAGCGCAGCAUCUCGGCCCGGCUGACCAUGACCUUGUUACCUACGAUGUGCACUUGCUCAGUGGCCGGCGUGGCUGGCGUUGGCAACCUCAGCUUCGGCUUGAUGAGGACAAAAAGAACGUUGACUGGCAGGCGCACUGGCACAGCUUGGACGCUUCCUUUAAGGUGGCCCUUGACGAGAACGACACAGAGACUGCGUGGCGCUUGCUUUCAGGCGCUGCUGAGGCAGCCUUGGCGCAGGACGGUGCGCGGCCCGCUAAGCCCCGCGGGGUCCCCGGCAAGCCGCUGCUCACUGAGGCCCACGCGGGUAAAACCCCUUCUGUGCAGACCCUGCGCGAAAGGAAGCUUCGCAGGGCUGCGCGGCGUGCAAAGGCAGUGUUGGAAGGCAGUGCUCCACCUGAUGGGAGCUCUAAACUCUUGAAGUACCUGCAGCACCUGGCGGACGUGUUCCCGGACCUGGGCCAGGUGGUACAACUUCGUGGCUCUGCGCUCCUUGCUUUCUUGCUUGAAAAGGCGGCGGAAGAGGAGGCAAGGGCAAACCGUGCGCGUCUUGAUAAGUGGGCUACGGAUGUUCAGACGGACCUCCCUAGGCUGGCAAGAUGGGUGAAGGCUUCUGCUGUUGAGAGGCCGACUGCUUUUGAGGACUUUGCGGAGGACCCGGACCCCCAGGCAAAGGCCGAAGCUGCGGCAGUGGUUUGGGGUGACAGGUGGAACAGGCUUCGGCGUCCUGAUGGUGCUGCUCUCCAUCGGCUUCUUGGCGAGCUCGACAUCACGGCUGCGCAGGCCCCUUCCCUUCGCUUGGAGGGCCACGCUUUGCUGCGGCGGGCGAAGGCCACUGCACGUAAGGCUCCUGGUUGCGAUGGCUGGGCGGGUCGGCACUGGCGCCUGCUCUCUGAAGACUUCUUCGACCUGCUGGCUGCUGUGUGGAACGCCGUGCUUGGGGGGGCUCCCAUCCCUCAGGCGUGGACUCAAGUGCGGAUUUGCCUCAUUCCGAAAGGCGAUGGUGGCUCUCGUCCUUUGGCCAUUGCCUCGCUCGCUUGGCGGCUGGGCGCGGCCUGUUUGGUGCAGCAGCUGGGUGAAUGGAUACGGCAAGUUUUCCCCAAGGAGCUCUAUGGCGGCUUGCCCGACCGGAGCGCCGACGAUGUGCAUGCAGAGCUCACGCAGGCGAUGUACGUGCAGCGUGGCGGUGGUCCUUUGGCGGGAUGCAAAGCGGACGUGAGAAGAUGCUUCGACAGCGCCUCUCCGGACCUGGCUCUUCAGUGCUUGCGCCAGAUGGGUGCGCCGGCGCCAUUGCUCGAUGUGAUGGGGAGGUUCUAUGACCAGCAGGAGCGCUGGAUCAUGGUGGACGGGGCCACGUGUCGGCGUCCUCUUCGCGCUUGCGGCUCCCUGCUACAAGGGUGCCCAGUUUCGCCACUCUGUCUCGGCGCCAUGAUGGUGGUCUGGGCGGCGACUGUGCAGAGGGCCAACACCGGCGUGCAGCUGGCCAUCUACAUCGACGACCGCACAAUGUGGGUUCGCAAACGUUGGGGAGCAGCACGUGCUGUUCGUGAUGCCAUGAUGGCGGGCGCCGUGGCCGACGAUGCGCUUGGCUUUACCCUCCACCCCGAGAAACUGGAAAGUUUUGCCACCACUCAGGCUGUGCGCGAAGACCUCCUGGGCCUUGCUGACAUCGUUGGCAUACCUCAGGUCACCUUCACAUUGCUUGGCAUCCCUUACAAUACCACCCGUGCCGCUCCGGUGGCUACUGCUGGCGUGGCGGCGACCUUGAUGGCGCGUUGCAAGCGCAUCCAGAAGUUUGGCGGCAGCCGCAGCCUCCGCUGCGUGCUCCUCAAGAAGCUGGUCAUCCCGCUCUUCAGGUGGGCGGCGCCUUGGCUCAGGUUCUCCAAGAAGCUUUUGGCUACAUGGACGGCGGCUAUCGAACGGGCGGCUUGGGGGGGGGGCAUCCCUCGUGGGCGCUCGCCGGCCCUCGCCUGGCUGACUGUGGUUGGUGUGGAUUUGCUCCCCGCGUACGUCUGUGCCGAGACGGCUGUGCUUCGUGAACAUCGGCGCCUUCACUUGCAACGUCACAGCUCGGAGGCCACCUUCACGGCAGAGGCUUUUAAGGCGGUGGACUGGAAGCGUGGCGACGAUGGCACUUGGACCACCCGCCAUGGGUGCUUUCGCGCAGGGGCCAUCAGUGCGGAGGGGCUGCGCAGACAACUUCGGCUGGCUUGGGCCCGCAAGCUCUUGCUCAAGGACAACAAGACCAAGCAAGAGGGUGGUUUCGUUGGCGACUUUGACCUCGCGCACCACUUGACAACGGGCCGACAUGUCGACGGCUACAAGGCUAGGGUCAUGGCGGGUGCGGCGGCGGACUCUCGCCACUUGGUGGAAAAGGGGGGCACGGCUGCGGACUUUGUCUGCGACUGCGGGAGACGGGGGCCUACGCGCUCCCACCUCACCUUCGAGUGCUCUUCGGCUCCUUGGACAUUGGAACUUCGCUCCGCUUUGGAGCGCCGGCUUCUGCUGCCUUUGGGGCCGUCUGCUCCUCGUUGGGAUAUGGCGGACUACGAGGCGGAUGUCGCCAAGUUGGUGCAGCACUUGGCUGGCUUGGACGCGACGCAGGUCCACUACGUGGCUACAGACGGUGGCUGUGCACUGGCUCGCGGGGCGGAGUUUUGGCAGCGCGCUGCUUGGGGUGUGGCUUUUGAAAAUGGUGAGUUCGGCGGCUUGGUCUUGGGGGCAGAGCAAACGGCGGCAGAAGGCGAACGGGUCGCUGUGUACCUGCUGGCCAUGGCUCUCCUGCAAUGUGGGCGCAGUAUUCGUUUGCUGGUGGACAAUCAAGCAGUUGCUGGGCGUCUUCGGCGCGGCCGCAAGGCGUGUGAGAACGGUGAUCCUUGGGCUCUUUGGCGCGUCAUUGCUGACGCCGUUCACCUGCUGGACGUAGCCUGGGUGCCUUCACACGGCAAGAAGCCUCUGUGGGGGCCGCCGCCAGAUUGGCUUGAUGGUGUGGCGUGCCGUGCGCUCAACGCACGAGCCGAUGCGGCGGCGACCCAGGCAUUGGAUGCUGUGAGAGCUGUGGUGGUGGCUUCAGUGCGUGCGGCAAAGGAAAGGCGGGCUUGGGCGGCUGCUGCCGUGGCCGCUCAGAUGAGGGCUACGCAGCCCUGGCACGUGAAGUUCGUGGAGAAGAUGCGGGUUCUGGCGUUUCGGCGUACUUCACUCCGCCCCGCCUGUGCCGGCCCUUCCUGGGCCUUGCAGCUCUUUGCAAACCGAGUUGCUCACUUUGCCUUGCAGCAGCAGUACUUCAGCCGAUUGUGGUGCUCCUACGAGCUUGGGGCGUUCCUGCACCUGCGGAAAGCUGAUGACGCGAAGCAGAUCCAGAUCAUGCCUGCGUCGAUGGGAGCUUUGAUGGUGGUGGGCAGCAUGCUCAUCAUGGGACAGGCCUUUGCCAACUUCGUCAUCGCCGCGCACAUCGACGCUGCCUGGCAUGAGGGGGCAGAUUGGUUGAGGACAACUUUGAGUGCCUUGGCUUCCUUCCUGGGUGUGUGGUACUACCUGCAACAGGAGCAGGAGAUCAGUGGGCUUUCCGAGCAGCUGGGGAGCUUCAGCAUUCACCAGUCCCAAAACUUCUGCUGCUCAGUCCAGCACCGCAUGCCCGAAACCGGAGAAGAAAUCCUGUGCGACCGGCGCCUCGUGUACGCCACGCUGGCAUCCUGGUACGCCAAUGACUUGUGCCGAGACCCCCUGGAGGCCUUCAACCUCGAAGUCCGGUCGCAAAUCAGGGAGGUCGUCCUGAAGCAGUUCGGCAAGUAUCGCUUCAACGUCCCGCCAUCGUACUUCUUCUACAUGUGGGUCUUCAGCGAGGCCUGCGUGUCUCUGGCCUGGUUCGGCAAGGACCUCCUUGACCCCACAAACUCCUGGUGGCUCCUGGCGGAGCCGCGGGUGGCCGACCCCCUCUGGCGCUUCUCGAUGACCAUCUGGGGUGCCGGCGCCUCCCUGGUCGAAGUCUGCCUUCUGCUCGAGUUCAGCAGGCUCAGCCAGCAGGCCUUCUUCAUCGAGCGCCUCUGGCUGCCCGCCCGGGCGCUCCUGGUGGCAGCACUGGCCAUGGGCGUCAUGCACAUCAUCGAGACGGUCACCCACACUUUGCAUGACUACGCCUUGGAGGUGGCCAUUGCGUACCAGCUGGUCUGCUACGUCCUCUCCAUCAUCGUGAUGCUGUCGCCUUGUGAGGUGCGGUGGCGAAAGGCCCACGUCUAG